AUGUGUUACACUUUUUCUUUUAGAUGGGGCGGAAACAAUAAAUGGUGUCGACCGUCCUGCAUUCCCAUUACGAUCAUCUGCACCCUUAUCUUCCUAGUAGUUUUACUGCCCGUGCUGGAUCAUGCAGCCGAAAGGGCCUUAGAUCAGAUCAACAGUCAUGAUAAUAAUGCGUGCAAUUCAUGCAGCCUAACGUUAGUGGAAAGUAUACCCGAAGGCCUAAUCUUUAAUGAAUCGUCGCUAGUCAAUCCUUCUACGUUUGAUACUUGGCUGAACCUAAUAAAUAAUGCUCAACAGUCCAUUGAUAUUGCUUCCUUGUACUGGACGUUGAGGCAAUCCGAGGUUUACCCGGAUCCGUCUUCCAUCAAGGGUGAGAAAAUAUUUCAAGCUCUUUUAAAGGCGGGCACUGAUCGUGGCGUCACCAUCCGAAUAGCCCAAAACGCUCCAUCACGCAACUAUCCCAAUGUGGAUACCGAAUUUCUAGUCAAGCGGAAAGCGGCCCAAGUGCGAAGUCUCAAUUUUGCCAAAUUAUUGGGCAGCGGUGUUUUGCACACCAAACUGUGGAUCGUCGAUAAGAAGCAUCUCUAUGUGGGCAGUGCGAAUAUGGAUUGGCGGUCUCUAACGCAGGUGAAAGAGUUGGGCAUUGGAAUCUUCAACUGCUCUUCUAUUGGAGAAGAUGCUUUAAAAAUUUUUGAGGUGAGUACAUGUUUUGAAACAGUUUUAAACUCUAAUUUUUGGUGCGUGAAAAUUGUCAUCAUUAUUCGACGACGAAUAUUGCUAUUGCUGCUAACUAAGGACCGAGUCAGAUAAAACCGCUACACCCAA